AUGAUAAGUAAACUUCGUGCUAAGCUUGGUCUUGCUCCUCUUGACGUUGGAAAUCAGGCUACGAGAACCGAGUCUGAUGACAAUAAACCCAGAAAUAGUGAUACUGACUUCGUCCAUCUUCCGGCAAAGGAUAUAACCAAGGCCAAGCAGACUGAAAAAUUACAGGAAAAAAUAGUAACUUCAAAAGAAAAGCGCGAAUUAUUAAACAAACUUCGUGAAUAUAAGUCACUCGGAGCAGAUGAAGACGUUAGUGUCUCUUCAUGGGUUGAAAAAAUGAGGACAAAAGAAAAAGCUAAGCUGGAAGCAGAUAAAAGAGAAAAGAUUUUGGCGGAAAUGGAUGAAGAAUUUGGAGUGUCAGCCAUUGUUGCGGAACGAAUAAAACCAACAGUUGCUAAGCAAGAGUACUCCUCAGCUUCUCUAGAGGGGCUGAAAGUUGAGCAUGACGUGAAUACUUUUUCUGAGGGAGCACCAAUUAUCCUAACACUUAAGGAUAGUGACGUUUUGGCUGAGGACCCAUCAGAUGUGCUGAUAAACGUUAACCUUGCUGAUGACGAAAAAGCUGCAAAGAACCGUGAAAAUAAACGCAAACUCGCCGGCCUCGGGGGCAUAGUGCAGGAUGAGGAUGAAGACGUGCUAAUGGGACUUCGAGAGAAGGGAAUUCUUGAAAAAUAUGACGUAGAAAUCGAUGGUCCAAAAAAGGCGAAGUUCACUUUGGAGGCUGGUGGUACAUAUGCUCCCGGUCAGGAGCUCGCAAUGCGCCGUUUGGAAGAAGAACUUCGUGCAAACAGGGAAAGCAUUGGGGACCAGGAACUCCGCCCGGCAGCAGAAUUUUACACGCCCGGUGAAAUGGCGCAGUUUAAAAAAAAGAAAAAGCGCAAAGUCCAACGCCGAAUCCUACGUGCCGAUGAUUUGAUUCCAGAUGCCGCGUCCGGCCCUCAGGGCGUAACUCCAUCAGUUUCUGCUGAUCACGGUUCGCGUAGCCGAAGAACAGCAAAGCCUGCGCAAAACGAUGUGACUGAGGAGGGCGAGGUGGAGGAUUCAAAAGAUGUAAAAAAGAGAGAACGAAAUGAAGAGAGCCAAAAGAAGGACGUGAAGUCAUUUAGGCUUUCUUCAUUGACUGGUUUGAAUCCUGAGAUCGCAGCUCUUUUGUCAGUUCAAACGAUUGCCGAAGAGGAUGGGCAGCUAGGCGAUGACGAAGAUGCAGACGAUCAGUGGAUUGCGGAACCACUGGAGCCGGAUGAUCUUCAAUUAGAGUUGGAAAAAACGCUGAGUCUGGCCCGUAAUGCCAAUCUAUCAAAGCCCAUUCCUCCCGAGGAAAGACUUCAGAUGAUUGUUGCGGAGGGAGAAUCGGUGGUGCCUAAACCUGAAGCUCCGGGCCCCAACACUGGUGGCCUAGUGUUCGACGCGACGGCCGAAUUCUUCAAGCAAAUAUCCGGCGGGUUACAGAGUGACCUCAAUGCGAAGUUGGUGAAGAAGGAGGAAGAAGGAAACGGAGUGGAGCAGGUUGUCGAUGGCAAGGAGAGAAGCCACAGGGACGAAAGCAGUCGCCACUCCUCGUCAAAAAGCUCCUCCUCGUCGCGCCGCCACCACGAUGACAAGGCGACUUCGAGCAAGUCUUCGAGCAGACGGAGGUACAAAGAGGAAGGGGACGUUGCACCCUCCUCCUCCUCGUUUGCUGCACCCACUGCCACUGAAGAGGGGGCGGGUGUGUUUGAGGAGGAACCGGCCUUGAACCAGGGCGUCUUCUCGGCUCUCCUUCUCGCCCAGAAAAAAGGCUACGUCGAGACUCAGAAGGAGAAGGAGCGCCCAAUGGGCCAACUCGUAAACCUGAUGGCGAAGCACUAUGUGGAGGAGGACAUUCGUUACGAUGAUAUCGACGCAAAAUUUGCCAAACGCGAGCGCUACAACGGACCCCUAUCAGAUUUCCGCGAAAAAUCCAACUACAAACCAGACGUGAAACUGUACUAUGUGGAUGAGAUGGGCCGAAACAUGACCCCAAAGGAGGCCUUCCGGCAGCUCAGCCACAAGUUCCAUGGUAAGGGUUCCGGCAAGAAGAAGACGGAAAAGAGAACGAAAAAAAUUAUCGAAGAAGCGCUUAUCAAGAACAGUGCUAGUUCUGACACGCCAUUGGGAACGCUGAAUAAAUUGAACAAGAAGCUAGAGCGACAAGGAAUGCCCUAUGUUGUACUAAGUGGGAAGGGCUCAAUCACUGUUGCUGAAAUGCGCCAUCGAGGGGUGCUGGCGGCCAGUGCCAUUGUAUGA